AUGAUAGAUGUAAAAGAAAAUAAUUGGAAAAAAGGAAGUAAACGAAAAAGACAUUUUAAAGGAGAUAAUGAAAAAAUGAAUAACCCCCAUAUGUGGAAUGAUAAAAAUGAAGAAGGUAAUAUGACAAUGGAAUCUACAAAUAGUUCGAAUAAAUUUAUAUAUGAAGGAAGUGUAAAAAUAAAGAAUAAGAAGAAUCAUAUAUUUUAUAAUAAGGCUCAAGUAUUUAAUCGUGAUAUGAGUAUUGUUCUUAUAAAAGGUUUGGAAAUUUUUAUGAAAGAAAAAAAUAAAAAUAAUGAGAAAAUAAUAUUUCGGGGAUUUAAUAUUAUUGAAUUAUUAAGUGCUAGUGGUAUGAGAAGUAUAAGAUAUGCGAAAGAAUUAGAAGAUACAAUUAAUCAUAUAACAACUAAUGAUAUAGAUAAAUAUGCAUGUAAACAAAUUAAAAGAAAUUUUAUAAGAAAUAAUAUUAAGAAAGAAAAAUAUACUAUAUUAUGUAAUGAUGCUAAUAGUGUUAUGAAUAUAUUAAAUGUUGAUAAUAUGUAUACUAAAAAAAGGAAUAAUAAAAAACUAGAUAUUGGAUUUACAUAUAUUAAUAAUAUAAAUAAUUGUAUUGAUUAUUUUAAAGAAGCUUUUAAAUUUCUUAAUUUCUUAACACAUUAUAAUAGAAGAAAAAAUUGUCCAUUAGAAAAUGAUAUAGAAAAUGAUAGUGACUCAACUACCUUCUUAUCAAAUGAUGAUGAAGUUAUAACAACUAAAAUUGAUAAUACUUGUGAGGAUGAAACAUAUAUUUAUGAAGAAAAAUAUGAGAAAAGUGAUAUAAAUGGUAAUGAAAAUAAUCCAAAUGUUGAAGAACAAAAUAUAUGUUUAGAUGAUAUAAUUAAAAAAAGUAAAUUAAUUGAAAGAUAUAUGUUUGAUAUUAUUGAUAUAGAUCCAUAUGGAUCUUCUAUUGAUUAUCUUGAAAGUUGUUUAAAAUAUGGAAGAAGUAAUUUCUUUAUUUUAAUAACCAAUACAGAUAUGAGAAUAUUAAAUGGAAAAUUCCCUGAUGUAUCAUUUUAUAAAUAUAAUAGUAUGAUAUUUAGUAAUAAAGUAAAUUAUAAUAAUGAAUUUAGUAUAAGGGUAUUAUUUUAUAAAAUCAAAAUGAUAGCUUCCAAAUAUAAAAAAUGUAUUAUUCCAUUUAUAUCAAUUAAUAUAGAUUUUUAUAUACGUUUAUUAGUUCAUGUUAUUGAUGAUGCAUUACAAACAAAAGAUGUAUGUAUAGAUACAGGAAUUGUUUAUCAAUGCAAUAAUUGUUCUAGUUUUCAUAUUAAUCCAAUGGCUUACAAAAAGGAUGUCAACCACCUUUCAUCUAUUGCAGAAAAUCCUCAUUCGAAGAAGAGGAGAAAAAUGAAAAAAAAUAAAAAUUUGCAUGUUGCAAAUGACGUUGAUGAAAUGAAUGAUAACAUAUCACUUGAUCACAAUAAAAUAAACGAUCAAAAUGGCAAUACUAAUAAUACAACAACGACGACUACAACUAAUAAUAAUAAUAAUAAUAAUAAUAAGGAUGAUGAUGGUAAUAAUAAUAAUAACAAUGAUGGUAAUAAUAAUAACAAUAAUAAUAAUAAUAAUGAUGAUGCUAAUAAUAACAAUAAUCUGAACAAAUCAGACGAUCAAAAUAACCCUAAUGAAGCUGGAGGUGAUGCUAACCAAAAUUGUAAUAAUUCUUUUAUUUCUUACAAAUAUAAAAGUACCAAAUUAAAUAUCUCAAAUAAAUGUGAAGAAUGUGGAGGAGAUAUAUUAAUUGGAGGUCCCAUUUAUAUUGGUAAAUUACAUAAUGAAGAUUUUAUACAUACAUGUAUUUCUUUAUUAGAAAAUUUGGAACAAUAUAAUUUGAAUACAAUAAAAACUAGAGAAAGAAUAUUAAUUAAUUUUAGAUGCUUAAAACAAGAAAUUAAUAUCCCAUUAUAUUAUAAUUUACCAUCCUUAUUCAGAAAUUUUAAAAUUUGCUCCUUCUCAAGAAAAUUAUUAGUAAACGCUUUAUUAAACUUAAAUUAUGAAGUUUCUUAUUUUCAUAAAGAUCCAGAUAGUGUUAAAACAAAUGCUCCAAAUAAUGUUUUUAUGGAUAUUUUUCGAGCUAUUAUUUUUAAAAUUAAUUCAAAAAAAAAAAAUUCAAAUCUAGUACAAAAUAAUAAUACAAACCAAAAUAAUCAUACAAACAACCAGGAUCAAAAUAACCUUAAUCCUAAUACACAAAUUAAAAAAAUAUAUUCCAUAGAUACUAUAAAAGAUGAAAAACUUAAAGAAAAAUUAUUGUCUUACCAAUUCUUUAAGAAAAAUACAUCUUUUGAAAAUAUCAACAUUUCUAAUUUUAAAAAAGAAACAAAUACACACAAAUUAUUUACCUUGGAAAAUCCUGAACCUUUCUGGGGACCCAUGAGAAAGCAUUUUGAGAAAAAUUAA